GAACGUAGGUAGUGUAAUUCGCCGCAGCUAAAAGCCGGUUGUCGCGGUGUUGCAUCCGUAGAUGAUGCGGUGUUGAUUUUAGGUUUCUCUGUCGAUGUCGUGUUAUACUUUCUGAAAGAGGCAUCUACGAGUUAGAAGCGAUUUUUUUUCAAUCGCCAAUAUGGAGCUUACCGAUGAUAAUCUGGUUACUUUGAGCGAAUAUCUGAAGCACACCCUUAGCCCGGACGUCAACGUCAGGCGUCCAGCCGAGAAAUUUUUAGAAUCAGUGGAAGUCAAUCAAAACUACCCCUUACUGCUGCUCCAUUUGGUAGACAAAUCUGAAAUUAACAUAACCAUUAGAAUCGCUGGUGCUGUUGCGUUCAAGAAUUAUGUUAAGCGCAAUUGGAAAGUGGACGAAGAUUCAGUAGAUCGCAUACAUGUUCAGGAUAGAGACGCUAUUAAGAAAUUAAUUAUUAAUCUAAUGUUACAUUCGCCGGAUUCAAUACAAAAACAAUUAUCGGAUGCUGUAUCUAUUAUUGGAAAGUAUGAUUUUCCCAAUAAAUGGCCAGAAUUAAUUGAUCAGAUGGUGGAAAAAUUCAAUACUGGUGAUUUUCACAUAAUUAAUGGAGUUUUACACACUGCGCACUCCUUGUUUAAAAGAUAUAGAUAUGAAUUUAAAAGUGAAACUUUAUGGAGAGAAAUAAAAUUUGUACUGGAUAAGUUUGCGAAACCUUUAACAGAUCUGUUUUUAGCUACAAUGAAUUUAACGCAAGUACAUGCUAAUAAUGUAGAUGCUUUAAGAGUCAUUUAUAAUUCUUUAGUUAUAUUAUGUAAAGUGUUCUAUUCUCUUAAUUUUCAAGAUCUACCAGAAUUUUUUGAAGAUAAUAUGGAAGCGUGGAUGAGAAACUUUCAUACCUUGUUAAAUGUGGAUGUUCCCUCGUUGCAAACUACAGGUGAGGAAGAAGCAGGUGUAAUAGAACAAUUAAAAUCGCAAGUGUGUGACAAUGUUGGUCUAUAUGCUCAAAAAUAUGAUGAGGAAUUCCAACCAUAUUUACCUGAAUUUGUUACGGCAGUUUGGAACUUACUUACAUCUACAGGACAACAACCUAAAUAUGAUGCACUAGUUUCAAAUGCAUUGCAAUUCCUGGCCACAGUAGCCGAUCGAGCACAAUAUAGGCAUUUAUUCGAAGAUUCGACAACUCUUAGCAGUAUAUGUGAAAAAGUCAUUAUCCCUAACAUGGAAUUUAGAGAGUCGGACAGUGAAUUAUUUGAAGAUAAUCCUGAAGAAUAUAUUAGACGGGAUAUUGAAGGCAGUGAUGUGGAUACCAGAAGGCGUGCUGCAUGUGAUUUAGUUAAAGUAUUGUCUAAAUAUUUUGAAGCAAAAAUUAUGGAAAUCUUUGGAGCAUAUAUACAGAUAAUGUUGCAAAACUAUGCUGAUAAACCAUCAGAAAAUUGGCGCAGCAAAGACGCUGCUAUUUAUCUUGUUACUAGUAGUGCGAGUAAAGCACAGACACAAAAGCACGGAGUUACUCAAAGCAGCGAGCUGGUCUCGUUACCGCAAUUCGCUGGACAACAUAUUGAACCUGAGCUGGCAAAACCAAAUGUGAAUGAGUUUCCGGUACUUAAAGCAGAUGGAAUAAAAUUUAUAAUGACAUUUAGAUCGAUAUUACCACGUGAUAUGGUAAUAGGAAGUUUGCCACAACUAAUAAGACAUCUCAGCGCCAGCAGUAUCGUCGUGCACAGUUAUGCUGCUUGUACAAUUGAAAAAAUAUUAGCAAUGAGGGGUGUUGAUAAUUUGUCCAUAGUCAAAGGUGUCGAUCUAUCACCGCUAGCAACAGAUUUAUUGAAAGGACUUUUCGCGUGUAUGAACAUUUCGGGUUCCGAGGAAAACGAAUAUGUCAUGAAAGCAAUUAUGAGAAGUUUUGGAAUUUUACAAGAAGGCGUGGUGCCUUUCUUGGCUGAAUUACUUCCGAAACUCACCGAAAAACUCGCGAUUGUAUCUAGGAAUCCAAGCCGACCAAACUUUAAUCAUUAUCUUUUUGAAACCUUAAGUUUAUCCAUCAAAAUUGUUUGUAAAACAAACCCUGAAGCAGUGUCAUCUUUCGAACAAGCAUUAUUUCCCAUUUUCCAAGAAAUUUUACAACAAGAUAUACCAGAGUUUAUUCCUUAUGUCUUUCAAAUUCUUGCACUGCUUUUGGAGUUACAAACUAAUCAAAAUAUACCAGAAACAUACAUGGCUUUAUUCCCGUGCCUGUUGUCACCCGUAUUAUUCGAACGUCAAGCCAAUAUUCAUCCUUUAAAUCGUUUGUUACAAGCAUUUAUUAGUCAUGGUUCACAUCAGAUUGUAGCGCAAGAUAAGACGAGUGCAUUACUAGGAGUAUUCCAGAAAUUAAUUGCAUCAAAAGCAAACGAUCAUGAAGGAUUUUUAUUAAUACAAAGCAUCAUUGAAUACUUUGAACCGACCAUUUUAGAGCCAUACAUGAGACAGAUCUUCAUACUUCUUUUUCAAAGACUUUCUAUCUCGAAAACAACGAAGUUUGUGAAAGGUCUAAUAGUAUUUUUUGCAUAUUAUAUUAUUAGAUAUAAUUCAUCGAACUUGAUCGCGAUUAUUGAUCAGAUACAACCACAAAUGUUUGGAAUGGUAGUGGAGCGUGUAUUCAUAACCGAUCUGCAAAAGAUAGCAGGUGUAAUAGAGCGCAAAGUGGUAGCUGUCGGAAUGUCGAAUUUGUUGAUCGAUUGUCCCGCAAUGCUUGAAGCUCCGUACAAUUCAUACUAUCCUCGUCUAUUAGCCGCAUUAGUGGAAUUCUUUGAGCUGCCACAAGAUCAAACCUUAUUACCGGAGGACGACGUGUUCCCGGAAGUUGACGACACAGUUGGAUAUCAAGUGGGUUAUAGUCAACUCAUUUGUGCAAGAAAUCCGCGGAAAGAUCCUUUGCCAAAUAUUGGUGAUAUACGUUUGCAUUUGGCACAAGGCCUCGGAAGACUAUCGCCGGGACAAUUGCCAGGAUUGUUGGGUCAAAUUCCUGAACCGAAUGCAAACCACUUAAGAAAUUAUCUCCAAACGGCCGGUAUUACUGUUGCAUAAUAUGAGCUAGAUAUCCGAGAUAGAUUAAAGAUCCAUUUGAUAGCUCGAAAAAUUAAUAAUAUUGAAUUUGAUAAAUUGUAAUUAUAUAAAGAAUCCCUCUUUUUUAUAUACAGUAACUGUACAAUUUAUGAAAAAUACACAUUAUCGGUUCAGCCUAUUUAUAAUAGGAAAUAUAAUAAGAAA